CAAUUGUAUGGGUACAACUUCAAAUAAUAGAUUUCAUUGGUAUCGAUUUUGUGGUGAAAAGACAAAUCUUAGUCUCGAGAAGUCAGUGGAAAUUUGAAAUGGAUGCUUUAAAAGAUGAGGUAGAAUCUCUAGAGGCUAUAUUAAUGGAAGAUGUGAAAAUAACAAAGAAUUUAGAAAGUGGUUUGCCAGAACUUAUUGAAACUACUGUAUUUCCCCAAGUUGGAGACGAAGCUGAACAAUAUAUAUGUGUGACACUUCAAGUAAGCCCAUCAUCGAAUUAUCCUGAAACAAGUCCUCACUAUAAACUAUUACGACCACGGGGCUUAGAUGAUGAACGUUUGGAAGAAAUUAAACAUGCAUGUAACGAAAAAUUGCAGGAAUCUGUUGGCUUUCCAGUAGUUUUUGAUUUAAUUGAAGUUGUUCGGGAGCAUUUAACUGGAAGUAACUUACCCAGUGGGCAAUGCGUAGUUUGUCUAUAUGGGUUUAGUGACGGCGAUGAAUUUACUCGCACAGAAUGCUUUCAUUAUUUACAUAGUUAUUGUUUGGGACGACAUUUAAAUGCGCUGCGGCGAACGUAUACAGAAGAAUAUGACAAAUUGCCCAGUUGGCUCCAAAAAACUGUGGAUCCUUUUCAAGCUCUAUGUCCCGUCUGCAGAGAACCCAUUAAAGAUGAGGAGGAUAGUUUGCGUUGUGCCAUGCCUCCAUCGGAGUUGGAAAAAGCCCCCGAAUUCAAGUUAACACGCGAACUUCAGGAUCUUCAGCAUCGCAUGUCGACAUUAUUUUUGAAGCAAAAAAAUAAAGGCGGAAUUAUAGAUGUAGACGCAGAAAGUGGAACCGUGAUAUCUAUCGAAAGUGAGGAAGAGAUAAGAAUGCGAUUACAAAGUAAAAAAACGUUUGGUAAUAAGAGUAAAACGGAGAACACUUCUGCAGAAAGUGAUGUAGUAAACAUUGAAGAAAAUGGAGCCAUUGGAGGUCGUAAGAAUAAUUCUGGAACAUCAUUGUUUUCAGAUCAUAAGGAGCCAACUUGUUCCAAAUCUUCAGGCACUUCAAGUUGUGAGCCCGUUGAACAAGACACAAAUAGAAUGUGUAGUGAAUCCUCUAACAACAAUUAUCAUCAUCACAAUCGCCGCCAUUAUAGAGGAGGUAGGCGUCAUCAACACCAUCAUCAACAUUAUCGCGGUGAACGGGAACGAGACCGUGAUCGAGGCAAUGAAUACGUUCUCAGCAGUGCUGGGCAUAAUACUAACACACCUUCAUCCACUGGUAGUAAAUCGGUAAAGGCUCAGAUGGCCAACAAUAUCCACGGCAGGUGACGAUUAGUACGAGUUAAGACGAAGCAUUAUUGCGGGGCUAGAAUUUCGAAUUAUAUUUCGUCACGUUGUCAGCAGUUCGAUGAAAAUACAUUUGGUAUUUGUAGUGCCGACAUACUUGGCAAACAGCUUCUAUAUACUUAACCACAGCCGAUUUGAAAUAUAACUGAGAUUUGGUUUACCUUCUGUAUUAUCGAGAUUGAGUUGAUCUCAAUAUUGUUUACCGAUAUACUUCUUAUGUAUAUAAUUGAUAGAGUUAAGUGACGUGAACCAUUCUAUUGCUAUAUCUACUUUUAUAUUAAUUUUUAAAUGAGUACGUAUUUUCUUUAAGUUUUAUAGUUACUACAACGCACACAUAUUUAUAAAAUUAUAAUAAGUGCAAAUAUUUAGGGUAAAACACUACAGUUUAGAGUUAUUUCUUUUUUAUUAAGCAAAUAUAACAAUAUUAAUAUUUUAAUAAAAUUGGGUAAAACUAACCCAUUAACAUAUCUUCCAUUGUUAUAAAUAUAGUUCGUCUGUAAAAUAAUUUUUGCAAGCCAGAGAAAAUGAAUUACAUGAUGAACAUUCGGGGAGUAAAAUCUGUAUAAUACUUCCCGACACAAAAUGUUAAAAAAGAAAUCUUUAUAACUUCGUUUGUUGACCAGGGAAUUGGACCUAGAAUUUUAAACAGAAAUUUUGGUAGUUAAACAAUACAUAUUUCCAUACAUAGAUAAGACAUAUAUGUACAAGUAUGUAUGUUCUUUCAAUGCAUUAAUUGUUACAGAUACUUAGUAAUAUUGAACGCUGAUAAAUAGAAUGUGUCAAUAAUAUAACUGAUAAAUUAGAAUUCAUGUAAUUUUGUUUUGUUCUGUGUUAAUUUUUAUUAAUUUAUAUUUUUUAAUUAUAAAUAUUUGUGUGAUCAACUGAAAAUCAAAACAACAAUAACGAUUUAUCUAAAUUACUAUAGUAACAUAAGUACGCCAAACAUUGAAUUAAUUUAUUUGUACUUCUGGACUGCUAAUCCCCACUUUGAGGAAAGCGCCAGCAUACAAGUAUAAUAUAUAUUUUUUUAAUAUAUUCUAAAUUGAAAGUUUAGAAUUCUUAUUUUGUAUGAGCCUAGAUAAACUUUAAAAUAAUUUGAGAUCAUAAAUUAUUUAAAAAUUAACUGCUAACUAACAUGCAUCUAUCUCAUGAGAAUGAUAAGAUAUACUUAUACAUCUGUGUAUGUAUGCAUGCAGCUUGUAUCUUUUAAAAAGAUUAAGACGAAUACUGAUGAAUUGUUGUUAUUUGCAUUAAAUAUAUACAUGAAACUUUAUGUCAAGAAAUCCUGGAUUGGCGUGUGCAUAUUUUUACAUAAACAACCCAUAUAGAUUAAAAAAAACUCAUCAAAACUAAUAAAUGGUAAUUGUGUUCUACCUGUGUUGAUAUAAAUUAUAUGCAAGUGUCAAAAAUAAAAGAAUAUGUUUUCGAUACGUCUGAUAUCUUGUAAGACGUACUUAUAAAUGUGUUACAAAGAUAAAGCCUACAUAAAGGUAUGAAUGUAUUCAGUUUCUUAAGUAGACGAUGUUAUAAUGUCAUUAUUAUACAUAGUUCGCUUAAUAUUAAUAAAUUAAAUUUUAUCUCCCAAAGGA